AUUCGGCUCAAGCUCUUUGCCCGCGGGCCUUUGCCUGGGCAAGAGUUUUGCCGAAUCCGAGAGAACUUGGUUUCUCUCCAACUAACGUAGCACAUUCACCAUGAUAUGUACAAUGAAGCUAGUCUGGUUGCUGCCCUUGGUGGACUUGGCCUUUGCGGCCAAGGUCAGACCUCUGGCAGCAAACCUCUCGUUGGAGUUGUUGGUCCAGGACCCUGGCCUAGCCUCCAAUAACACCCACCAUUGGAGCCUGGGUGAUAAGGAGGCCUUGGCCUUGCUGAAUGCGACCUCAAAUAGAACACAGAUGAGACGUCUUGAAGAGACGAGCGAAGAGGAGGAAGAGGAGUAUGACUAUCCGUCUGGACACGACAUGGAUGAGUUCGAUGACCCUUUGGACGAUGCUGAGGACUCAUCCUUUGCUUUGGAGCAAAGCUUUGGCAAUGCCUCUCUGAACGCUUCGGAGGAGUCGGAAUGGUGGUGCCGCGGGAACUGCCGCAAAUGCAAAAGGUGGAACCGAAGGGCAUGUACUGCAUGCCAUAGAGACUUCAAGUUGCAUCGGAGCAAAUGUCAUGAUCGGAGGUGUGGUGGCAACUGCAAGAGCUGCCCAGCCUUCAACCAACGGAAGUCCAAAAACCACUGCAACAGCUGCCAUGCUGGCUAUGUGCUGGUCGGCCGGGACUGCAAGAACAGCCACCGCGUGAAUUCCGGCUGGUCUAAGCGGGGAGACGACAAGCAAGCCCACGCUUGGUGUCCUAAGGGCAUGUAUGUCAAGAAGUGUUGGGGAGGUUUUAAGGGUGAUGGCAACUUUGUGGACAAAGAAGGGAGGCGCUGUGUCUCCCAAGCCACUGGUGGCAUGCGGGUGAAAGCACACGCCGACUGCUGGACGACCAAGACCGUGCCAGAGGCGACCGGAUGGUUGCCGUUCGUAAGACAUGAUUUUCUGCGACAUGCCCGCGUGAGAUCCCUUUUUGGGAGAUGUCUCAAUGUUCUAUGGAUUCUGGACGGGGUCGUUUUCAAGGGAAGACACUUUGUGAAUGUAGACACCCUCCGCGGAAGUCAUUGAAAACAGAUUAAUUCGCUAUUCUCCCUGUCAAAGAGGGUUUGAACGCGGAGACCUAGAGGGAGG